UACUAUAUAAACUGACAUUUCAGUGAAAAAAAAAACGCUUUUGAAUGCGACAACUGCCAUAUUAUGGAUGAUUUGUCUCUGCCUCAACGCAAUGGAUUGGAGUUCGAUACAGUCUCUGUCAAGGAACGGAAAAUAUCAACCAACCUAUCUGAUGGAGAAAUUAUAAGUGAUGAAGAGCCUCCUAAAAAGCUUAGAAAGUUCGAUUACGGGAUUUUGAAUCCAUUCAAAAUCAGCUCAUCCGAUGCAAAAGUCGACGGAACAAACCCCAGCCUGAAGAAUACUUCAAAUUAUUCAACAUCGAAGUUGUAUUUUAAACGUUUUCGGCAACAAACAGAGUGUUCAUCCGACAACGAAAGUGAGUAUUCGACAGAUACUGAAAGUGACUCGUCAACUGAAAUACAAAACAAAGAUAAUGGUCAUUCCAACUACAAUGCGGCGCCAAUUAUCACGGAUUUUGGAUCGGCAACGUAUAGCUUUUGCCGGCACAAAAUUCCUCCGGACAAUUUUCGGGACAUACCGGUAAUACCUCGAACGAAUGUGGAUUUACUCCCCGAUGAAGAGCCAUUCGUCAGGGCAAACAAUACGGACAUGCCUUACGAUAAUGAUGAACAUUAUUUGGAUGUUCAGUUUCGACUGAUGAGAGAAGAUUAUAUACGGCCCCUGAGAGAUGGAAUUUGUAAACUUAACGGUGGUUGCCGACGCAGUGAUUCCGAAGUGAAAUACUAUACGGGAGUUCAGUUUGCUUAUAUCAAACCAACUAUGAAAGGAUUAUUAUAUAGAGUUAAAUUCAGCACUGAACAUCUCAAGAAUGUAUCGUGGACAAAUACAAAACGAUUAAUUAGUGGAAACUUGCUUUGCCUCUCAAAGACUGUAGAUAAGUUUGAAAAAGAUCUUGUGUUUGCUGUGGUUGUGGACAGAAAUCCAAAAGACUUGGUCGAAGGUUUAUUGUGGAUAAAAAUUCUUUACGAAAAUGAAUCAAAGAAUCCGUACAAUAUACCGGUAAAUCCAUUCUUUCUGCGGAAUUCACAAACCACGACAACGGUAAGGAUUAAAGAUAACAUUGAUUACAAUGCGAUUUAUACUAUGGUUGAAUCGGAAGCGUUUUUCGAAGCCUAUACACAUGUGCUGUCGGCACUAAGAGAAACAGAAACAGUUCCUUUGGAUAGAUAUAUUGUCCAAUGCUCCAAACACGUGAAACGUCCGAAGUACAUGAACAAAUCUACAUCUUAUAGGAUCAAGACAUAUUGUACCAACUCUUCAGACGAAGAUAAAACCGAAGUUCCACACAAAUGGAAAACGGUUAGACUGCUAAAAGAUAGUGAAUGGCCCGAUGCAAGUAAACUUAAUCUCAACCAAGUACAAGCAGAUGCAUUGAAAUUGGCUUUGACUAAAGAAUUUGCCGUUAUACAAGGCCCACCUGGAACAGGAAAGACAUACGUUGGUGUGCGAAUCAUGGAAAUUUUACUAGCUAAUGCAAAACAGUGGCGACGCCAUGAGUCCCACUCUCCUAUUUUGAUCGUAUGCUACACAAAUCAUGCACUCGACCAAUUUGUGGAAAGUAUUGAAGAAUAUUGCGAAAAUAUUAUUAGAAUAGGAGGUCGGUGCAACAGCGACGUUGUUGCAAAAUAUACGCUUGCAUCUAUUAAAAAAGAAAUGAAAACUAAAAAGAAAUCUCGAUUCGAGAAUUCAAUUGUUUCUUCUAUAGGUGCCCUGAAGUAUGGCGAGAGUAUUUUUCAAGAAAGUACUUUUCAAAUAGAAGUUUCUCUUCUAGGUGUGCUGAAAGUCGAUCAACUCAAAGAAUUUAUUCCUGAUGUGCUUUACACCCAGCUAUCCGGGGAUACUGAAGAUUCAUCACUUCUACGUUGGCUUGGAAUGCCAAAUCACAUGAUAAGACGUCUCCAAGACUUGAAGCGAUCGUCAAGUAAACAAAAAGAUCAAAGAAGCCCGGCACAUGCCCAUAUUAUGGAGGAAUCGUCAAUUAUAGAAGAUAGAAGAAAUUUAGAAUACGGUGAAUUUCAUGGCAGACAGUCUGAAAAAAAAAAAGAUGACGAAUAUAUUGAUAAAUUGAAAUCAAGGUAUCUUUCGGUAGAUACCGGUAUCCUACGAAAGAUGCUGCAUAAAGCCCAAUCGCAUGAUCGUCGCGAUUUACAAAAAAUUCAAAGGCAGCUUGACAAAACAUCGACAAUGAAUGAUUAUGAAGUAGCCAAUGUUCACGAUCUUCAUGUACUUGAACUUGAAGAGAGAUGGUGUUUGUACAGAAACUGGGUAGAGAAAUGGCGUGCUAGUAAACGAAUCAAUCGCGACAAUAUUUUGGCGGAGAAUACACACAGUCGGGAUGAUUUGACGAAGCAUCGUGAGGAUGAGGAUGAAGAAAUUGUAAAAAGUCGUGAUGUGAUUGCUCUAACAACGACAGGAGCUGCAAAGUAUAGAUCACUAAUCAAUCGCCUGCCUAUUAAAAUUGUGAUUGUGGAGGAAGCAGCAGAAGUUCUGGAAGCGCACAUUGUCGCUGCUUUGCCUAAAACUACACAGCAUCUGAUUUUGAUAGGAGAUCAUAAACAACUUAAGCCUUCUCCAGCGGUGUACGAAUUGGCGAAGAAGUAUAAGCUGGAGAUAUCGCUUUUUGAAAGAAUGAUUAAAAACGUACCACAUGUUACACUUUCAACGCAACAUCGCAUGCAACCGUUGAUUGCUGAUUUGUUACGGCCACAAAUUUACUCCGAUUUGCAGGAUCACUCCAGUGUUUCAAAGAGGAACGGGUGGGAAAAUAUGAGAGGUCUCACUAAAUCAGUGUUCUUUGUGUCGCACAACAUUCCGGAAGAAAACAUGUUAGAAGGAAAAAGUAAGAAAAACAAGUAUGAAGCCAAGUUUUUAGCAAGACUUUGUAAAUAUUUGAUACAACAGCAAUAUAAACCAUCACAAAUAACAAUCUUGGCUAUGUACGCUGGUCAGAUAUCGGCAUUCCGUUCGGUUUUAGAUGAUUCAUGCAAAGAUGUUAAAGUGACGCCAGUCGAUGGAUACCAAGGAGAAGAAAAUGACAUCAUCCUCUUGUCUCUAGUUAGAAGUAAUUCCGAGGGGAACAUUGGAUUUCUUCGUAUUGAAAACAGAAUAUGUGUAGCACUUUCUCGUGCUAAGAAUGCUUUUUAUUGCAUCGGAGAUAUAGAGUUGUUGAAGGAAAAGAGUACGCUGUGGAAGCAUAUUGCAUUGAAAUUGGAACAAUCAGGGUGUAUUGGAGAAUGUCUGGUGCUUAAAUGCCAAAAACAUCCAGAACAUUGUACUCCUGUUAAAAAUGCUGAAGACUUCGACAACGUGCCGGAAGGUGGCUGCAUGGAUCUAUGUAACGCCCGUUUGCCAUGUGGCCAUUCAUGUAAAACGAAAUACUGCCACCCGGGCAACCACGACAACGUCAAGUGUUACGAAAGAUGCACAAGAUCGUGCGAAAGAAAACACCCUUGCACACAAAGAUGUCAAGAGGAUUGUGGGCCAUGUAGGGUUUUGAUACCGAAAAAAGUUCCAAAUUGUGGUCAUGUACAACAUGUCGAGUGUCACCUACCACCAGAAGAAAUUAUUUGCAAACAUAAGAUAAAAAUAAAACUUUUGUGUGGACACGAACCUUUUAUUCCUUGCUACAAAGAAAAAAUUAUGGGAAUUAGGCGUUGUCCAGUUCCGUGUGACAGAUUAUUGAAGUGCGGUCACGUGUGCGGCGGAACUUGCGGAAGAUGUUUGCAGGGUCGACUCCACUUACCAUGCAUGAAACGUCAGAAACGGAGAUUGUGGUGUGGUCACUCGACUGAAUCAAAGUGUGGCACGGAAUUCUUUGUGUGCAAAGAAGAUUGUAAAUUAAGAUGCUCUCAUAGCAGAUGCGAAAGGGAGUGUUGGUAUCUAUGCAGCCCAUGCGCACAACAAUGCCAAUGGCAAUGCCCUCAUUAUAAAUGCACCAAGCUUUGUGGUGAACCAUGUGACCGCCCGAGAUGCAACGAACCGUGUAUAAAAAGACUGAGAUGUAAACACAAAUGUUGCGGUGUAUGUGGAGAAGCUUGUCCAGAUGUUUGCUCCAUUUGUGAUGGAAAAAAAUUUCUCGAAAUAAUAGCGGAAAGCGGAGGAAAUGUGAAUUCUCAACUGAUUCAACUGGAAGACUGUGAUCACAUUUUUUCUUGCGAAGUACUCGACACCUGGAUGGAUUUCCCGGAGGUUGGUUCAGAGCUAAAGCACAAAAUUUGUCCAAAAUGUAGCAAACCCAUAUUGAGGAAUUCAAGAUAUGGAAAUAUCAUCAAAAAAAUAGCAAGUGACAUGGGUAUGGUGAAGCAAGAAAUGAGCAAAUUUAACGAGUUAUCUUUAAACCGAAAGCGAGAAUUACAUUAUAUGUUUGAGAUGAAGUUGAAUAUUGUGGGAUCAAUGGUAGAGGAAGGCUUUCUGGCUGCAGAUGACUAUUGGUAUAUUUGCAAAUUCAAUGAGAAUAUUUUCGAACAUAGCUAUUCGGAAAUUCGUGUCUACGAGCGAAGAAUCCAUAACCUAGAAAUCGUGGCCAAUAUUCUAGGAUCUUUGCCUGAAAAUCUAUCUGUACCUGGGAAAUUAAUCACUGUUUUAAAAGAUCUUAGGGAAAAUAUCAAAGAUCUGACCAACUGGCUGAUGUUGCCACGAGGAAUGUGGACGUAUAGUGAAUAUGAAGAUUUUAUACGCGAUACAUCGAGAAUUAGACAUUGUGGAUGCUUCCUUGAAAUCUGUGAUGAAAUUCAUGAAGGAUAUAGAAGUCGACCCGAAUCUUUUCGUAAAGCAAUUGCUGAAGUGAAAAAACUACUUCUUGGCGACUCAUCAGGAUCGUAUAAACUGUACGAUAAAGAUGUUGUUGAAGAUAUUUUGGUAAAGGAUCUUUUGCCUAAUGUGGAAGGAGUUUCUCUAACGACAUGUGAAGAAAAGGAAAUUUUUUGUCAAAGGCAGGCACCAAACAUAUUUGAGAGAAGAAUAAGAUGCCACAAUGGCCACAUCUAUUGUGUUUCUGCAGGAAAUUGUACACAUUGCAUGGAUUUAUCCAUGUAAUUCGAAGAUAUGAACAAAAUACUAUUUUUGAAAAUUUGGAUUGUGUAAAUUACAUUAUUAUU